AUGUCUGAUGCCCGCUCACUCCUUCGUCGUGCUAAAGCUGCUGAAUCCGAGAAACGUAUAAACCACCCUCUUGCGCUUUAUAAUGCAUCAGGUCAAUUGCGAUGUGCUGCGUGCGGAACUACUAUUAAACCUCAUGCUUGGGAGGGCCAUGUGAUCAGCAAAGCGCACCGAACUCAGGCCGCGCGGUUACGAGCUGAGGAGGAGAAAGAACAGGCCAGAAAACGAAAAGCCGAGGAGAAUGUCGAAAUGGAGGAGGCUGAGGAAGGGAAGAGGCCGCGAACGGCUGAGCCUGAACCCGCACCACCCCAGCCAGAAUCAACAGGUGGCCUUCCCGCAGACUUCUUCUCAGAUCCGUCUCGAGCUCCGGUCCUAGGGGGAGACGAUGACGACGACCAGGACAUGUCUUCCGACCCUAUAGCCAGGAAUUCGACCAUCGAUGACGAGUUUGCCGCGUUUUCCAAAGCCGUUCUCCAACCUGCGCUUAAACCUGGGGCUAUGGACCUCUACGAAUCUGCAACCGUGUCGGCUGAACCUGAACUUGUUAACAAUAUCCCUGAUGGGUUUCCUGCUGGCGUCACGGGAGAAGCAGAGGGCGAGAAUCAGCAGGUCGUGGAGGAGACCGAGGAAGAAAAGAGGCGACGGCUACAGGAAGAGGAACGAGAGCUUAUUAUGGAUCGAUUGAGGGACGAGGAAAUGGCACAGGAGGAAGCGGACGAACGAGUAGUGCGUCUGAAGGCUAGAUUAGAGGCAGUGAAAGCAGGAAAGGCCCAGGGGACAACUGCACCAGCUCCGGGACCGGCAUCUGGUGUGGACAAGAAAACGCUACUCAAAAUGUUACGGGGGAAGAAAAAACCAGCCGCUUCGUGA